ACUCUUGAUGAUGAUCUCGAGUGUUAGAAGUUGAAUUGUGCAGCUGAGAGCAGGGACCUGGACUUUGCUUUUGUUUUAUGGCUGUGAGCUGCUGAUCCGUUGACGCCCAUGUCCACUCUGUUUGCUCCUUUCUGCGGUCGAGUGAUUCUGUGGAUCUGUCCUUCGUAUCGGAGAAAAAAGUAAAAGAAAGUGGCAGAUUUUGUCUGGACCUUUUCAAUUCUUGUGAAGAGAUGUCUAGGUACCACAAAGCGGCAAUUGAUGGAUACUUGGACCUCUUAAAAGAGGCCACGAGGAAGGACCUGAACACCGCGGAUGAGGAUGGCAUGACUCCCACCUUACUGGCUGCUUUCCACGGACACGUCGAUGCGCUUCAGCUCAUAUGCAGCAGAGAAGGUGACCCCGACCGGAGUGACAUCUGGGGAAACACGCCGUUGCACCACGCUGCGGCCAACGGCCACAUGCACAUCCUCAGUUUCCUGGUCAACUUCGGUGCCAACCUGUUCGCUCUGGACAAUGAAUCCCACACGGCCAUGGACGUCGCUGCCUCUCGGGACCGCAUGGACUGCGUGCGCUUCCUAGACGAAGCCGCCUCGCGGCAGACCACCCAAAACCCCAAGAAGGUCGCCAAUCUAAAGAAGGAGGCCGUCAAGGAAGCGGAGAAGCGCGCGAAGCUCUGCGAGAAGGUGAAGAAGAAACACCAGAGCAAGAUGGAUAAAAUGCAACGGGGAGCGAGCGGCUCCGUGUCGGAGGCCAGCAUGGCGUCGGGGUUCUCCGAUGGUGGUACCAUGUCCGUCAACGAGCAGUUCUCCAAAAUUAUUGCUGCUGAUAAAUCUGGCUCCCUUACAGCCAGGGUCAAAGGCACGCUCCAGAAGAAGCUUGGGAAGAAAGAUAAAGGCACACUGCAGAGGUCGGGAGGGGACGGCAACGUCAUCUUCCUCAAACAGGAGAGUGUGGUGCCCGAGCAGCCGGAGUUUCUGGAUGUCUUCAAUGAGCAGGACGAGAGCAUGUUGGACGAGGGCGGAAUGUCGGGCUACGAAGAUCGUGACGACGACGAGAACGGGCAAGUCAAGCAGUCCAUCUUCAACCGGCCCGGCCUUGGAGGUCUGAUCUUUAUGAAGAAGAUGGGGCUGGAAUCAGAGGACGUCCCGAGCGAGAACAACCAAAGCCUCGGCUACCUUCUCCAGAACGAGUUGCUUCAGGUUGAGGAAGACAGUGCUGGUUUCGAGGGGAAUGGCGAUGCUGAUCAGGACUGGGAUCAGGAAGAUCUCGGACUGGAUGAUGAUGACGACGACGAGGAAACCUCGCCAUUAGAUGCGUUCUUGUCUGCCAUUUGCUUGCCAGAGUUUGCUCUGGCAUUCAGGAGGGAACACCUGGACCUGGAGGCGCUGAUGCUUUGCUCCGAUGAAGACCUCAAAGGCAUUCGCAUCCAACUGGGACCAAGGAAGAAGAUCCUGGAAGCGGUCACUCGCAGAAAGAACACAUUGGAGACUCCUGGCAUCAUGAAGGACAGCAGCUUGUGAUGUACAAAACAUUACCUGGGAUUUACAAGUGUUUAAAGUGAUUAAAUAUUCAUUCAUGAUUUUGCACCAUUUAAGAGAUAGUCAGUGGCAGAGAUUUACUUCUAAUGUUGGCAAAUUGAUUGUUGUGUCAAAUAAAUUGAGUUAAAAAAGUUGUU